AUGUUCACUCUACCGGAGAAGUACUACAUACUGUCUACGGACUAUUCGCCAAACAACCGGCUCCCUGUGCUAAUUUACCGGAAUGUGCUUCCAAAGCCCCAUGACGAAGCUUGCACCAAGGAAUUUCUCGAGCGAAAUGGUUGGGAAAGGAGGGGUACCUGGGGUGCUAUACUUGCCAAGCACUUCCAUCCGAAUACACAUGAAUGUUACGGCGUUUUCCAAGGCGAAUCUGAACUAAUCUUUGGGGCGGGUGGCGCCGAUUCUGAGGAGGUGGGCGUCAGAUGUUGUGUCCAAACGGGAGAUGUAAUCGUGGUACCUGCCGGCGUCUCACACGCUUCUGCCAGCGCGGAUGAUAAAAUGGUCAGUGCAGAUCAACAAUACAGAUAUGUUGGCGUCUACCCCCAGGAAGCGCCGAAAUGGCGCAACGAGUAUGGCAAAAGACUCUUGGGCAAAAACGAUUCUUUGUUUGAAGAGAUUGCUGCAGUACCGAUCCCGAGGCAGGAUCCCGUUUAUGGAGUGGACGGGCCACUCGUACAGAUCUGGGAUGCUGUGGUGGCGUACCCCGGGCAAUCUUCAACAAGGUUAACUGCAAUGCAUCCUAUCCCCGCCCCUGACCUGGGCUAUCUUUCCCGGGCCGGCUCAUUACACGUCGCCAUGACCGGCAACCCAACCACGAUAAGGAAUCGGGAGAAGUCGCUCGUGGUUAACUCGCUGUCGCCAAAGACUUAUCAAGAGCUGAUCCUCUUCACCGUCCUUACAAUGCUUAACUACUUUGGUCUAAACAAGCAAGACUCUAGACAGGUCCAAACGCCGCCCGCCGAAGAACAACAGCGCGCUCUACCGGCAUCAUGGUACCGUUCUGCUGCCAUGUAUGAGUUGGAGCGGCGGGCCAUCUUCUCCCGCAAGUGGAUUCUACUCACGCAUAGUCUGAGAUUUCAAAAGCCUGGCGACUACGUUGCCUUCACCGAAGCGGGCUUCUCUUUUUUUCUAGUCAUGGAUCGUGACAGAAAUAUCAAUGGGUUUCACAACAUAUGUCGCCAUCGCGCGUUCCCUAUUGUGACCCAAGACAGCGGCAGCGCUAGCAUACUGUCGUGCAGAUACCAUGGCUGGUCAUAUGGCUACAAGGGCAACCUGGCCAAGGCUCCUCGAUUCGACACCGUGCCAGACUUUGACAAGGCUGAGCAUGCCCUCCUCCCCAUCAGCGUUCAUGUUGACGCCAAGGGGUUCAUAUGGGUGAACCUCCAAGCCGGAAAGCCUACCAUUGCCUGGGAAGACGACUUUGAGGGCGUUGACACCCAGCCUCGCCUGUCGCAUUUCGACCUCAUACGAGAUUACAGAUAUGACCAUUCGUGGUCCAUGCAGGGCGACUAUAACUGGAAAACACUGGCAGAUAACUAUAAUGAAUGUUACCACUGUGCAACCGGUCAUCCAGGGGUGAAUGCUGUUGCGGACUUGUCUGUAUAUAGGGUCGAGACCAAGGGCGGUCACAUACAGCAUUGGAACAGGAACAAGGACGAAAGCGACACGACAAUGAUUGUUUGCAGCAGCUUCCUGUUUCCUAACUCAUGCUUCACCAUUACUCCCGACUUCUUCUACAUGAUGCGCUGCAUACCCGUGAGCAGCGGAAAAACCAAAAUGGAGUACGACGUCUUCCGCCGCAACGACACUACAGAUGAGAACUUUGCCAGGAUAAAUGACUUCUACAAACAAGUCCUCCAAGAAGAUAAAGAUCUCUGCAAUGGCGCACAGAAGAACUUGGAAGGUGGCAUAUUCAUUAAUGGGCAGCUUCACCCUGAGAAGGAGAAGGGACCACUAUUCUUCCAAAAGACCGUGCGUGAUCUGGUCAUGGCACACCGUGCACACGAAGAAUCCGUGGGCCACGAUGUCUGGCCAGCGUCACCUCAGCCAUCUCAAGCAAUGAAAACGGGAAGAUUCAUGGAGGAAGAUGCUUUCUGUAUGAAGUUGGACGCCGGGGCAUGUGAUGGCCCAUCAGAGCAGCUGUCGUGGUAG